AUGUCAAACGAACCGGAGGCAAAGCGUGCAAAGUUUCCCGACGAACAGGAAACACCAAACACCCAAGGGGAUGAAGAAGGUCUUAGCCGUAUUCAUUCAAUCCUGGGUGAUGAGUUUACUAAGCCAACGCCGCUCGUUGAGGUAUACGUUGGAAGCGUUACAGAGAAACGGCAACUUUCCCUACUGGUGCCGGUUCUCUCGCGUAGACUUCCCAUCGAUAGUCUACAGCACCUGAAGCGUGUAAAUCGCGAUGGAACGAUCAUAUUGGCUCCGGUAGAUAAAUUAUUGCAGCAGCUCGCAACGCUAUCUGAAAGAGAUGAGAAGGAAGAAAAUUCUGUCGAAUCACGCCUUUCAAGGUUUCUACGAUCGGAAGGCUUUGAGCCGGCAGUGAUCGAUGGGCUUUGCGAGAAACUUAAAAUUGUGUCGGUUCCAGCAGUGCCACCGCUACUUCGUUGGCAGUACGAAACGGCGAAUCGGUUGUGGCCGUGUAAAUUUCAUCCGAACCGGCACAAUGAAGCGCUUUACACGGACACACUGUUUGGACCACAGGAAGCAACGGCGCACCGACGGUUAAUGGAAAUUUGUCUACUGCUGUCGGAACACUUCGAAGCUCGCCCAUUCGGAAUGUGCGUGAAUCCACAGCUUGGGGCACGCAUUGCGGCUAUUGGAUCGGGACGCAGUGAUCAGCAUCCAAUCUGGCACUGCCCGAUGGUACUGAUCGAUAUGGUAGCCGUAUCGCAAAACGGUGGUAUAUGGCAUCGAGAAGCAGACCAUCGGUGUAAGGAUAUGUUGGAGACCAGCGUACUGAGGGAGGAUGGCUUCCACUACGGUGGAAUCGACGCACGGUUUGAGCGGUUUAUUCGCGAUCGAUACGGUGAAACGGUUUGCCUUGGAGCGGAACCGGCGCGAACUGGAACAUCCAACCGUGCGGAGCCAUUGGAUGGGGGUGUACCAGUACCAGAAGAUAAUCUGGCCAAAUACGGACCAUAUCUGUGUACCGGGUACGACGUUUAUCUCACACACGAGCCGUGCAUAAUGUGUGCCAUGGCCCUGGUACACAGUCGUGUGCGGCGCGUAUUCUAUCAUCAUCCAACGCCACAAGGAGCUCUGGGGACGCUGGCGAAACUACACACGGUGAAGGAUUUAAACCAUCAUUACGAAGUGUUCCGGAUUGCUUAA